UGACAAAUCUCGCGAGUCUUUGUUCGCAUAUCGGUAGAAAGUUUAAGCGUGCUUUGAAUGUUGUCGCGUCCCUUUUUACAUGAGUUACCAUGCUAUCUGGUUGUACAUAAAGCAUGCCUUUGUCUAGCAUCGUAUUUAUUUUUUAAUACCCGUAGCUUCUACAGUUGUGCUUUUCAUUAUUUUCGGGCUAACCGGAAGAUAAUAUAGCUGCAACAUCCUAGUCCGUCUUCUGUGUUUCUGGGAGUAGAGGGAUUCUUAACAUGUUUUGGUGUAUGCUUAUGACUGCUGGUUUGCUGUUAGUGGGUCUCCCAUAUUCUGUCUGUGUUGCUGCUCAGUGGUAUUAUGGCUGGCCAGACAAGCCUGGGUAUAAGAAGUAUAUAGAAGCUCUAAAUCCAAGGCGGAUAUACCGUCUGACAAUUGUUACGUUGGAUCUUCUGAAAUACUUUAAAUAUGGGAUUUUGCACUUUCAGAUGAAGUCAUGGUAUAAAAAUGAGGAAAAUAGCAAGUAUUACCAAAAGGGUAUUGUUUAUGGGCGCAAAGGGAAAAAGCUAGACUUGUACUAUCCACCUAAAAGAAACAAGUCUGAAGCCACACUUGCACCUGUGGUGGUUUUCAUCUAUGGUGGCGCAUGGAGCUCUGGAGAAAGAUCCCUUUACUGUUUACUGGCUAGGCAGAUGACUGAAGAGCUAAAUACUACUGUCAUCUGUCCAGAUUACUGUACUUACCCAGAGGACAACAUUAUUGUAAUUGGUCAUUCAUCAGGAGCUCAUCUGGCCACUCCUGCCACGCUCUUUCUUACUGAUGCAAGAGACGAGUUGUUCAUAGACUCAAAGAAACAGCGGGAAACUGCUUCAUCUAUACGAGGAGUUAUUGGUCUGAGUGGGAUCUACAACAUUGUGGAAUAUUAUGAGCAUGAGCAGAAGCGAGGAAUUGAGUACCUUUCAUCGAUGACAAGAGCCAUGAAUGGAGAGGAAAACUUUCCGUACUACUCACCAGUUCACAUAGUGAAGAAGCUCAGCAAAGAACAGCUGAGCAGAGUGCCUCAGUUCGUUUUGCUUCAUGGAGAUUGUGACAUUGUUGUUCUAGCUGAUUCUUCUGUGAAGUUCUACGAGCUCCUCACCUCUCUGUCCGUAAAGGUGUCGCUCCAUCUGCUUGGUGGAGUCCACCACAAUGAGAUGGUCAUCGACCUCAUGCUGCCAAGCAGACCCUACUACCGGCCCAUCUUCAGAUGUAUCCAACAGGAGUUCAGGAAACUUCUGGGUCCCUCUUAACAAUUUAUUUAGAGUCUUAGCUUGUAAACAAAUGAUUAUUAUAGCAUAUUUGUUUUAUUUGUAAUUCUUGGACUGAGUGCUUUUUAUAUACAACUUUGGGAAAAAAAUUAAGAGACCACUGCACUGAACCUCAUUGAAAACCUCAUAGUUAUCCUCCACAUAUUGAUUUCUGAACUCUUCCUGAAAUAAAGCGUUAGUAUUCUUGUUUCUAAAUGAAUAUGAACUUGCUUGAGGACUGAAAGUGCUGCAUCUUUUUUGUUAUUUUGACCAUUUCUCAUUUUCCACAUAUAAAUACUAAUUUUUUGCCUGGAAUUUAGUACUUAAAUUCUAAAUUAUAUUCACCAUUAAUCAGUAUUGAUGGUGAAUAUAAUGUUUUAUUUUAAACAUAUGUUGUCAGUAGUUCAUAGAAUAAAAGAACAGUGUUCAUUUUACUCAAACAUAAACCUGCCAGUAGUAAAGUCAGAGAAACUGAU